UACAUUGUACAGUCUCGAUUACCGACUCAUAAAGCAGGGACCAGUUUCAAAGUUUUCCUAUUUGCAAUCUGUGCUUGUAUGGGAUUGGUGUGUUCUUUGACCAGAAUAACGGACAGACGACACCAUUGGUGGGACGUGCUAACUGGAACAAUUAUUGCCUUAUUUGGAGCUGCUUAUACUAUCAGAGUCCUUCAUGCCCAAGUAAUCAUUUUGCAUCGAAGGAUCAUAUCAGAUCAGAUGAAUUUCGGAGAAGAUGGAAUGAAGGAAACCUGCGAGACUUGUAUAGUGUAGUUAACCAAUAAAUUAAUAUUUUAGAAAA